AUGGUCAUGAGAAGCCUGGUUCGGUUUAUCUCGGCCUGGUUGGGUUUGUCACGGCCUGGUUGGGUUUGUCACGGCCUGGUUGGGUUUGUUACGGCCUGGUUGGGUUUGUUUCGGCCUGGUUGGGUUUGUCUCUGCCUGGUUGGGUUUGUCUCGGCCUGGUUGGGUUUGUCUCGGCCUGGUUGGGUUUGUCACAGCCUGGUUCACUUUGUCUCGGCCUGGUUGGAUUUUUCACGGCCUGGUUGGGUUUGUCUCGGCCUGAUUCGGUUUGUCUCGGCCUGGUUGGGUUUGUCAUGGCCUGGUUGGGUUUGUCACGGCCUGGUUGGGUUUGUUACGGCCUGGUUGGGUUUGUCUCGGCCUGGUUGGGUUUGUCUCGGCCUGGUUGGGUUUGUCUCGGCCUGGUUGGGUUUGUCACAGCCUGGUUCACUUUGUCUCGGCCUGGUUGGAUUUUUCACGGCCUGGUUGGGUUUGUCUCGGCCUGAUUCGGUUUGUCUCGGCCUGGUUGGGUUUGUCACGGCCUGGUUGGGUUUGUCACGGCCUGGUUGGGUUUGUUACGGCCUGGUUGGGUUUGUCUCGGCCUGGUUGGGGUAUUUCUCGGCCUGGUUGGGUUUGUUACGGCCUGGUUGGGUUUGUCACGGCCUGGUUGGGUUUGUUACGGCCUGGUUGGGUUUGUCUCGGCCUGGUUGGGUUUUUCUCGGCCUGGUUGGGUUUGUUACGGCCUGGUUGGGAAGAGACGCACAAUCUCAGGAAGAGACGCACAAUCUCAGAAGCGUCGGGACUGUCUGUAACCAGAUCAUGUGUCUGUACCUCUGCAGCACAGACUCACUGGGGUUCGAUCCAAACAGGUUAAGAACCUCUGCUUUAGACUGA